GCUUCAAAAAGCGUUUAUAACCAUGAAUUCGCUUAGACCUAACAUUAUCUCUUGAAGCUAGCGGUCUGUUAUGAAUCGGCGCUAGUACAGCGUACUAUGUGUAUACUAUCCAGUGUUACUCCACCUGUGCCGGUCUACACACACUUUCCCAAACCAUGACCUACCUGUGUUGAAUACUUACUUGUGUGCUUUCUUAUUCCAACAUUCUAAUUCAUUAUACGGAUUAAAAGAGUUACGGAGCUAGUGUUUACAUGAUAUUAUGAAAUCGUGGCCUGGCCAGUGAAUAAACUGAUCUGGUAUUCAAUCUGUGAUAUUUUAGAUUGUUUGGAGUGUGUAUAUAAUCGAGACUUUGUUACGAAGACAUUUCAUAACACGCUGACUACUUUUUUGAUAGAUUUCUCAGUGAACCAUGUCCAGCGUUUUCCUGAUUAUCUCAAUCGUCAUCACCUCGGCCACUCUGACAUCUGGCUACCUGUCUGGGAUGUGGCCCUGGAAGACAUGCAAGACGGCCUGCUAUCUUGGCUUUGGUUGUUACAGCAGCGAGAAGCCAUUCGACAACACACAGGGCGUUUUACCUUUGUCUCCAAAGAAACAGGGGUUGCAUUUCCUCCUUUACACUCGCAAGAAUCCUGUCCGUGCUCGAAAGCUCAAAUGGAACCAGAAAAGAAUCCAAGGGAAACUCAAUCUUCAACGUGACACAAUUUUCAUCAUACAUGGCUGGAUGGACAGUGCCAAAAACCCGAAGAUUCGCAGAAUGAGAAAGACACUUUUAAGAUUUCACAACGUCAACGUUAUUGCCGUGAACUGGAAACGAGGUGCAGGACACAAUUUGUACUACCAAUCAGCCGCUAAUAUUCGAAUCAUCGCCGCCAUGAUCUCUAAAUUCUUACUAAGACUCAAGUUUGAACUCGGCUACAGUAUGGAAAAGGUUCACAUCAUCGGCCACAGCCUGGGAGCUCAAAUGGCCGGCUAUAUCGGCACAGAGGUCCAGGGCAUCGGCAGAAUCUCUGGCAUAGACCCUGCCGGGCCGUCGUUUGAAGGGUACCCAACGGAGACCGUCCUUGACCCCUCUGAUGCCCUGUUUGUAGAUGUUCUGCACACCGACGCCCGAGACCUGUUUGUACUAGGUCAUCCCGGAUUUGGCGCCAAGUCAAGGAUGGGACAUGCAGAUUUUUAUGUCAAUGGCGGCCAUUCACAGCCUGGAUGUCCUUCCACAAUGAAUCAACAGUUGGGUCUGAUAGUGACUGGGAAAAUUGAUGUAUUCAUGAACAUGGGAUGCAGUCACAUUCGCGCGAUGAAUCUAUACCUGGAAUCCAUUAAUAUACGAAAGUGUAAAUUCACAUCGUACAACUGUACUGAUGGGGAUGGACUUACGGUAUCUGAAGGCUGUAACAGCUGUGAGAAUGGAUGUGCUCUCAUGGGCUAUCACUCAAACAUUGGUAACCCACAUGGCGUGUUCGUGUUAAACACAAACGAUAAGGCGCCAUUUUGUAUACCUGAGCCAGUUAAGCUACCGGAAUCUGUAGACGAAAAAGUUAUAGAAUCCUGACAAUGUAGCUCACCUGAAAUUAGCAAUUACUCUCCCAAAAUCAAAAUCAGCAUUGUGUCUGUGUGUUGUUUUCAUCACCUCCAUCGAACUGUGACUGAAUUGCGAAUCUCUACCAAAAGAAGUACUCAUCAUCAUCGCGUUUCCCAAAAACGACUAGUCAUUGGACUUUCAUUGUGAUUCAAUAAACCUCGUGACAUUUUACAUCACAUCAUCUUGUCAAACGGACCCUUAAUUCAUCAUGUGUGUUUAUUAUACAAGUGCUAAAUCACCUUUAAUGUAUCGUUAAUCUCUCAAUGAUAUUAAGUAAUGUGUGCUUCAUGUUCAUGUUUUUUUUUUUAUUAUAUUGUGUGUUGGAGUGUGAGAAGAUGGAGUGUGAGAAGUGAGAGUGUGGGAUUGUGGGGAGGUGUGCGUUUGUAAUUAGUAUGUGAAUGUGGGUGUGUCGGAAGUGUAGGAGUAUGGGGAAUGUGGAAGUUUGCUUGAAUAUGCCUGGUGUACCUGGUUUGAGAAUGUGUCCUACUUAAAGAAAUAAAAGUGUGUGUGUGUGUGUGUAUUUAUUACAGUAUGACUAUAGAGUGAAUGAAUAACAAGAUCUUUGCUAACGUAUUGAAGCUGAUCGGUGAGUGGCAAAACCUAGCCAAAUGACUCUUACGAACUAACUGCAAGGAGUGGUGCAUUCCAUGAAUGACUUUUUUAUCCAGCUAUGACCGGGCGUUGUCCCCAAGAUAUUAAUGGCAGCUCUUGUAAACAAAUGUCUGCUUUAGAUUUGUGUGUAAUACCAUAUGCCAAUACGUACGAUACAGCAAUAUUCACGUAACAAUGAAUACAUAAAUGACCAAUUAAACUAUCUAAACAAUUGUUUUUGAUUAUUUCUUAAUUUGAUUAUACUAUUUUUAAAUGUAUAUGAUUAUUAUAAAGAUAUAUAUUAACGACUUUUACAUCUAACUCCUAUUUUGAAACCUGUCGUAUCGUAUGUAUUGCUAUCUGUUGGGGAAAAUAUUGUAUUAACAACGGCAGUCUACCAAACAAAUACUUAAUCCAUUAGGCAUUCUACAGACAACCUAGCUAAAUCAGAUAUAAAGUAACCUAUUUGAUAUAUGACAUUGGGUAUCCUACAAUUGGUGCUGUGCCAGCCACUUUACGGGUGUGUUUCUACGUCAGAGUGUGUCAGAAAUUUAAGCAACUACAAUGCAAACCUUUUAUACAUGCUAUAAUUGUACAUUAAUAUGCCGGUUCAAUGUGACCGAUUCAGUACGUUGUUAAGUCACGGGUACUACUGUACUCGUGUUGUUAAAUAAAGUAUCUAUUUGCUACAU